GCUGUUUCCUGUUGAAAAUGUCUGUGUAAUGUAGAUAAAUGUGAGGGAUUUUCUCUCUAAAUCCGUCUCCUGUUCGCUAAAUCUCACUUCUCCAAAACGAGCCUGCGCAAUGGAACAAAGUGGGAAUAUUGAGAUGUGACAUUGCCCCGCAUCUUGUCCUCUUUCUUUGCCCCGAUUUCUUUUUUUAAUGACUUCAAACAAGUUGUUCAUUUUCGCCGGGCUUCUUUGUCUUUUUGCGGAGAUCCGCGGUGAUGUCUAGCGCUGCUUCCUCUCGGUGGCAUUUAUGUGAUGUCCUCAAGGGUGCGAUGUGCUGUAUCUCCUGUAGCCACACCCUCUCACUACUGCUGUGCAUCCUCACCCUGACUCCGACGGCAACAGGGGCGGGUCCGGAGACCCUGUGCGGGGCGGAGCUGGUCGACACGCUGCAGUUUGUCUGUGGAGAGAGGGGCUUUUAUUUCAAUAAACCAACAGGCUAUGGGCCCAGCACAAGGCGGUCGCAUGGCAUCGUGGACGAGUGCUGCUUCCAAAGCUGUGAGCUGCGGCGCCUGGAGAUGUACUGCGCACCCGCCAGGACUAGCAAGACAUCACGUUCUCCUCGCGCACAGCGCCACACAGAUGUGCCAAGGACACCCAAGGUCAGCAACCCGGGACAUCGAGCGGACAAGGGCACAGAGCGCAGGACGGCGCAGCAGCCAGACAAGACAAAAAACAAGAAGAGACCUUCAUCUGGACAUAGUCAACCAUCCUUCAAGGAAGUCCAUCCGAAAAACUCAAGUCGAGGCAGCUCUGGGGGCAGAACUUACUGAAUGUAGGGAAGCAUCGAAAGGACAACACCUUAGGAAGAGAGAAGGGAGUAGCCUUACCUGGUACCCCUGUGGAAUGGUUCACUGUAUAACAUAACAAAACGAAGCUAAAAAUGGCCUAAAAGCUUUAAAACAGUAGAAAAGUUGAGUUAAAGGGUUGGAUGAGGGUACUUGUGAUCAUCUUAAACACUGCACCAUUCCAUAUCGGGAGGAACUCUUUGUUAACUCAAUCUAACAGACUAGUUUAGCUGCUAAGACACAAUAAGAGCUUGCUAUACCUCCAUGUUUAAACGGCAACAACCACCUUCCUUGGCUCCAGAGGAGGUGGGAACGUCACCCAAACAGGAAUAGUUGGUCACAUCCUUUUCACUCUUCUGAUUACUUCUUUGUCACAGCCACAUAUAGCAGUUACUAUCCCUGUUUAAAUUCAAUUUUACCUUUAGCGUUUGUUUUUAUGCAUUAUGCAUUACUGUGGAUAUGUUGUUUAUCUGAAAGACCAACACCAUGUUGUUUAUUGUCAAACUUUUAAACGUUGCUGAUGUUAAUUUCCUUUCCAAGCCCCACUUAAACCAUAAUUUGUAGGUUUUAGUUAGUUUGGGUUUUUUUUAAAUCAGCUUUUCAAUUAACCCAGGAUUUCUGACUUCUCAUCUUGUCGUGGUUGUUUAAUAAACAGAAAUGGGUCAGUCAGUGGAUUCAAAGUUCAGCUGGCAUAAAUGAGAGCGCUAAUCAAAUAGUCAAAUCAGCCAUUAUGUUUGUUUUCUGUUAGCUUUUCACAGGUCACCAGUUUUCCCAGAUCUGAUUGCAAAAACUCCAGCUACCUGGAGACAAACAUUUUGUACAAAUCAUGAAUGAUCCGUUUUUUGAAAGUAACUUCUUAGGAUAAGGCAAAGAAAAUUGAGCCAAGACCAAAGAUUAAAGCAAAAAACUAAAAUAUUGGAACUAUAUUGGAAAAUUAACCGUACUGCUAUUUUUAAAAAAUAAUAAUUUUUAUUGGACUUUUAUAUUAUAAAUCACAACAAAGUUGUGAAAUGGGAGAAUCCUGCAGGUCUGUCAGGAUAUGUCCCUUCCUGCUUUGCACGUCUUCAGACUGACAGUUACAUCAAUUUUACAAUGUUGCCAUUAUUAUGGGUGGGUUUUUUUUUAUUUUGAACUUUGACUAGACCAUUCCAAUACCUGAAUACGCCAUUCCAAAGUAGCUCCUCCUCUACUAGUUUACCUGUAAAUAGGCCUGUCGCAAUAACAAAUUUUUCUGGACAAUAAAUUGCCCACAAAAGUUAUUGCAAUAAUCGAUAAUAUUGUUGUUUUGAGAGGUAGGCCGUUCAGACCGUUUUCAACUAAUAUUAGAACUCAUUUUCAAAAAUCAAUGAAGGAAAAAACUGAAAUAACAAAUAAAAUCAGUAAUAAAGUCUCUAUUAACAAAACUAUCCUUCUAAAAAAGCUGUUAGUUGAGACCAAAGUGAAGACUUGUGUCAUCCAGUUUUUGAAAAACUAUAAAUAAUCCUGGAAAUGAUUAUUUUAAUUUUCCAUUUGUUUAAAUUUAUCAUGCGAAUAAUCGAUUUAUUUCUUACUGCGACACUAAUCUUCCCUUUGACACUGACUGGUUCCCUGGUCCUGCAAAAUAAAAGCAUGUACACAAGAAAAAGAAGAAAAAUCCCAAAUUUUGUCUCUUCUUACUUACUCACUUUCUUCUACAUGUUUGCUUCAUUCCUUGUGUGGCUUUUGGCAAACUUAAACAGGACUUCUUUCAGAAAUCUCAGUUUCUCUGUGCAACUUUUCCACAAAACAAAUAUUUGUAAAGAGCACGACUAACAGUGAUCCUAUCAACAGAUUCUCUGCAGCUCCUCCAGAGGCAUUUCAGAAACUGAAUACAUGUGCACACCACAACUUUCACAUUUUUGUUUGGAAACAUUUAGGAAAAACAUAAUUUUCCCAUUUCUCAAUUCUAUUAGUUAACAUUCCAGUAAAAUGAGAUUUAGCAAAGUUUAGCCUAAUUAUCACUCUGAUCUCUUAUUUAGCAGAGGACAAAAAAUUCCCAAUAUUAGUUUUGGCUUGGAUUGUAUAAUUUGAUGCAAUGACAACCAAACAGCACAGCAUCCGUUUCAAAGUCCACUGGGAAGUCAUGCAAAAUAAACUGGUAAACAUUACCAACCAACGUCUGACAGGGGAGAUGCAGAAUUGCAACAGUACGCAAUUACACUUAUAAAUAAUCCAAAUAUGACCAAGGGUCAGGAUCACCUUCACAAAUUUCACAAACAUGCCAGUUCUGAGAAGCCACUGCAUGAUAAUUGACAAGAAACAAGUUUUUUUUUUUGUUUUGUCUGAGCCUCCCUGAAAACGCCCCCAAAUAUGGCUCAUAUCUGGCUCUGUCUCCUCUCUCUGUGUAUAAUCCAACUGUACUCCCAAUAUGUUAACCUAUGUAUUACUAUCACUCAUUGUACAUGAUGGUUUCAUAUAGCAAAACUGUAUUAAAAAUCCUAUCCACUGUAUAAUGGUGCUAUUUUAUAGUUUGGUACUUGCAAAGAGAUGGCUAAGACAGACGAAUGGCAGGGCUUACAUUGGAGGUCUUCCCUUUUGCACAGCCUUGUGGCCACCAUGUUAAUAGUGAUUUUAUUUGUAAGCAGUUUCAAUAGUGGAAGCAAGUAAAUGUAUCUGUGUGAUCUCUGUGAAUGCAUGGAGAGUAAAAUGAGAAAAAAGGAAAGAAAAAAAAAAAAGGAAGGAAAAUGAGUAUACAAUGUUGUGGCCCCAAGAAGGCAAAAUGCUAUUUUUUCUACUAUUCUUAAAUUAUUUUCUCAACAUAAAUCCCUUUUGCCAAAUGUCUUGAGAAAAAUACUGUGAUUCUUCCAGUUGUGUUUAAGCUUGUUAAAGGUCAUGGUGUGCUUUUGUCUGUCCAGUGUGUGUGCGUGUGUGUGCAUAUGCCUCCCUGGAAGCCAAAGUAUCUAAUAUUAGGAGAACUCAAAGUGGGAUUAUGCAACUUUUGCUUGACAUCCUCUAUUGUUGGUAGAAAGUAAUUGCAUUUUGUUCAUUAUUAUAAUUUUGCCUGUGAUACUUUACUUUUUUUUUUAUAGUUUGCAUGAUCAUAUUUAAGUAGUUUGGGUAAAUUUCUUAAAAAUUAUUUUCCUUACAAAAUUUACUUCAACUUAACGUGAUUACGCUGUCCUGAAAAUCAAUCUUUAUUAGGAGGUUACACAUUUUAUUUUGUAUUAAAAUCCAGAACUUGUACCUGUGAAUGGAUUAGCACCUAAACAUGCUCUGAUUGCAAGAAAACCUAGAACUGGUUGCUCAGCAACAAAGAUAACUAAUAUUAGCUUUAAAAAAAA